CAGCAUUCCAUCUUCCACGGCUAACCUCGCAGCUGCAGUCAAAGGAGGCAAAAGCAUCCUCUGUCAAACUGCUGUGACGAACAUAGGUUACACUUCUCGAGGUUUUCGACCACCGUCUCAACAAAGCAUAUUUCAAGCACCGCCAAGAUGACUGACUCAAAGUAUUUUACAACUAACAAAAAAGGUGAAAUCUUUGAACUGAAGGCUGAACUGAACAAUGAGAAGAAGGAGAAGAGGAAGGAGGCUGUGAAGAAAGUCAUCGCAGCGAUGACUGUGGGAAAAGACGUGAGCUCUCUCUUCCCGGAUGUGGUGAACUGUAUGCAGACCGAUAACCUGGAGCUGAAGAAGCUUGUGUACCUGUACCUGAUGAACUAUGCCAAGAGUCAGCCAGAUAUGGCCAUCAUGGCUGUCAACAGCUUUGUUAAGGACUGCGAGGAUCCCAACCCUCUGAUCCGGGCUCUGGCCGUGCGCACCAUGGGCUGCAUCCGCGUGGACAAGAUCACCGAGUACCUGUGCGAGCCCCUGCGCAAGUGCCUGAAGGACGAGGACCCGUACGUGAGGAAGACCGCGGCCGUGUGUGUGGCCAAGCUCCACGACAUCAACGCCCAGAUGGUGGAGGACCAGGGCUUCCUGGACUCCCUGCGGGACCUCAUCGCUGAUUCCAACCCCAUGGUGGUGGCCAAUGCCGUGGCAGCCCUUUCGGAGAUCAGCGAGUCCCAUCCCAACAGCAACCUGCUGGACCUGAACCCGCAGAACAUCAACAAGCUGCUCACCGCCCUCAACGAGUGCACCGAGUGGGGCCAGAUCUUCAUCCUGGACUGCCUGUCCAACUACAACCCCAAAGACGAACGCGAGGCCCAGAGCAUCUGUGAGCGCGUCACCCCGCGGCUGUCCCACGCCAACUCGGCCGUGGUGUUGUCUGCCGUGAAGGUGCUCAUGAAGUUCCUGGAGCUCCUGCCCAAGGAGUCGGACUACUACAACACGCUGCUGAAGAAGCUGUCCCCCCCGCUGGUCACCCUCCUCUCCGGGGAGCCCGAGGUGCAGUACGUGGCCCUCAGGAACAUCAACCUCAUUGUGCAGAAAAGGCCUGAGAUCUUGAAGCAGGAAAUCAAGGUGUUCUUUGUCAAGUACAACGAUCCCAUCUAUGUCAAGCUGGAGAAGUUGGACAUCAUGAUUCGACUGGCCUCCCAGGCCAACAUUGCCCAGGUCCUGGCUGAGCUGAAGGAGUACGCCACCGAAGUGGACGUGGACUUUGUGCGCAAGGCUGUGAGAGCCAUCGGGCGCUGUGCCAUCAAAGUGGAGCAAUCUGCUGAGCGCUGUGUGAGCACUCUGCUGGACCUCAUCCAGACCAAGGUCAACUAUGUUGUCCAGGAGGCCAUUGUUGUCAUCAGGGACAUUUUCCGCAAGUACCCCAACAAGUACGAGAGCAUCAUCGCCACCCUCUGUGAGAACCUGGACUCCCUGGACGAGCCCGAUGCUCGCGCCGCCAUGAUCUGGAUCGUGGGCGAGUACGCCGAGAGGAUCGACAACGCCGACGAGCUCCUGGAGAGCUUCCUGGAGGGUUUCCAUGACGAGAGCACCCAGGUGCAGCUGACUCUGUUGACAGCCAUUGUGAAGCUCUUCCUGAAGAAGCCCUCAGAGACACAGGAGCUGGUGCAGCAGGUCCUCAGCCUGGCCACACAGGACUCGGACAACCCUGACCUGCGCGACCGCGGUUACAUCUACUGGCGUCUCCUGUCCACGGACCCGGUGACGGCCAAGGAGGUGGUCCUCUCCGAGAAGCCGCUGAUCUCCGAGGAGACCGACCUGAUCGAGCCCACGCUGCUGGACGAGCUCAUCUGUCACAUCGGCUCGCUGGCGUCCGUCUACCACAAGCCGCCCAACGCCUUCGUGGAGGGCAGCCACGGGAUCCACCGCAAACACCUGCCCAUCCAGCACGGCAGCAUCGACACCGGCGAGAGCCCAGUGAGCGCCAGCCCUGCCGCCCCCAUCGACCAGCCUCAGGUCAUCCCCUCACAGGGCGACCUCCUGGGUGACCUCCUGAACCUUGACCUGGGCCCUCCAGUCAACGUGCCCCAGGUCUCCUCCAUGCAGAUGGGGGCCGUGGACCUGCUCGGUGGAGGCCUGGAUAGUCUGCUCGGGGGAGACCUGGGCGGCGGUGUUGGGGGAAGUCCUGCAGUGGGCCAGAACUUCAUCCCUUCGUCGGUGCCCAACACGUUCGCCCCGUCCCCCACUCCAGCUCCCAUGAGCAGCGGGCUGAACGACCUGUUUGAGCUGUCGACCGGCAUGGCCACCACCACGGGUGGAUACGUGGCCCCCAAAGCCAUUUGGCUCCCGGCAGUGAAGGCCAAGGGCCUGGAGAUUUCCGGCACUUUCUCCCGCCGCCAGGGCCACAUGUACAUGGACAUGACGUUCACCAACAAGGCCCUGCAGCACAUGACCGACUUCGCCAUCCAGUUCAACAAAAACAGUUUUGGAGUCAUCCCCACUACUCCUCUGGCCGUGCACACUCCCCUGAUGCCCAGCCAGAGCAUCGACAUCUCCCUUCCCCUGAACACCAUCGGCCCCGUCAUGAAGAUGGACCCUCUCAACAACCUGCAGGUGGCCGUGAAGAACAACAUCGAUGUCUUCUACUUCAGCGGGCUCAUCCCUCUCAGCGUCUUCUUCGUGGAGGACGGCAAGAUGGAGAGGCAAGUGUUCCUCGCCACAUGGAAAGACAUCCCCAACGAGAACGAGCUGCAGUACCAAAUCAAAGAAUGUCACUUAAAUGCAGAUACUGUUUCAGGGAAACUGCAGAACAACAACAUCUACACCAUUGCCAAGCGGAACGUAGAGGGCCAAGACAUGCUCUACCAGUCCCUCAAACUGACCAAUGGUAUCUGGAUCCUGGCUGAGCUCCGCAUCCAACCUGGCAACCCCAACUACACGCUCUCCUUGAAGUGUCGGGCUCCUGAGGUGUCCCAGUACGUGUACCAGAUGUACGACUCUAUCCUGAAGAACUAAGGCUGUCCAGCCCUCCACAUCCUUCCCGUGGAUCAGGCCACAGCUGUCGAGUCCUCUCUCUCUCUGCGUUGUGUUUUAUGUUAGCAUUUCCCAAGCAAAGACAUUCAGCGCCUCCAUCCAAGCCGUGCAUUCCAGUGUUGGGUCAGUGAAGCAUGGUCAGUAGAUAGUGAAUUUUCUUCCUCCCCACACACACUCGCUCUCUCACACACACACACAAAAGAGGCAUUGCAUACCCUCACAUCCUUCCCCCACCCUGAGCCAUUUUAAUGAUUGCGCAAAAAAGCAUAUUUACUUUAUGUUGAUGACGUUGUUCUACUCCGGCACUGAAUCGACUCGCCAUACUUGACCAUUCCAGUGAAACAGAAAGAAGAGUUGUGUUUUUUUUAAAGUAUUAUUAUGAUUUUCUUCGACGCGAUGGGACAGUGUGCAGAGCAUAGGUCAAAGAUAACUUAACCUGAGCCAAAAAAAGCAGGCAGACAGAGGAGGGACCCAGGAGAGAACACAAGCAGAAGAAAGUCUAUGUAGGCCAAAUCACUCAAGGGUAGAAACUCCAGCUCUGGUUUCCUCCUCAUAAAACCACAGCGCCAACCACUAUUCUAUGGUAGCUAUUCCAGUAUCUCUGCUUGAUUCAUUAGCCAGGGUGAGCACUGUUUGUCUGGUGCUCUCACCCCCCCCCCCCCCCCCCCCACACACCCACCCAACCCACCCACCCACCCCUUGUGCUAAUGUGGUGUGUUUGCUGCCAUUACCUGGUUUUGAUGGUGUCUUAAUGUGGUGCCCCGUGGGGGCGAUCGCUGUGCCGCAGCACUCGCAUGCCCGUCGCGUGCCACCUGCUGCAUCGUGCAUGGCGUAGCCCAUAACUCCCCCACAACUCCAACUACUAAUACUAAUCGUAUUAAAUAUUAUGAUGUAUGCGUAUGUGUAGUGCUUCAUCCCCAUUUACCAAUGCGAUAUUUUUUCCAUACACAAUUGUAGAUUUCAAAAACUAAGCAAACAAACAAAAAAAAAACCAAGAAAAUAAAAGAGCAAUGUCGGCAGUUGCCUCAGAGAAUAUAAAAUAAGAGUGUGGUCGUCUUAAAAUAAUGCCAAGCACCGAUGUGUGGUUUUGUGUAUUCUGUUUUUUUGUUUUGUUUACUCCGAGUCUUAAGAUGGUGUGUUAUGCGAUUUUCUUGUCAAGCCUGCAAAUGUGUGCUCGUGCCAGUCGUGAGGCCAGUGGCUCGCCACGGUUCCUGGCCUCUGGCUUUUGGCUGUAAUGUCAGGUACUGUAGAUUGUAGAUAUGAAUCUCUGCAGCACUCCAAGCUCUCUGAAGGCGAAUACAUUACCAUUUAUCUCCAAGCUUAUGAGACGGCUUAAUAUCUCAGUCCUGCUUUCCUCGAGACCUGUGAUGUGGAGGUUAUUUGGAAAUCAUUUUAUUUUAUAUAUAUAUAUAUAUGAAAAAAGAAAAAAGCUCACAAAAGUACAUGUUGAGAUUAAGCGGCUAAUUAGCAAGUCACAUACUAUAACUGUGUUGGGUAAGGUGUGAAAGGUACCAAUAAUAUUUGUGAUAAUACUUCACUGUUCUAGUUGCCAUACAUGCUGACGUGCCUGUGAAGCUGCAUGUAAGCAGUCUCUGUCUCUCUCUUUCUCUCUUUCUUUCUUUCUUUCUCUCUCUCUCUCUCUCUCUCUCACUCUCAUAUUGGAUCCCAUCCCUUUCACGCCUGUCUUUUUGCCCGUAAUUUAUGCGUACAGCUUGAGAGAGAGAGAGAAAACUGUAAUCCUCGCUCGCACUCACUCCUCGUGCUGUCUAGUUCCUAUUAGAGACUGUAAGUGUGACGCGCUUUUUUAAAAGUUGAAAUUAAUCGGACCUAGCCGUCUGUUUGAUGGGAUAAUUACAUGCAACUGAUCACCACCACCACUGCAGUCCCACACGCACUCCCCGGCUUUAUUGUUGGUGAUUAUGAUGUUAAUGUGACCGUUGUUUAUUGGUCAGCCACACUCCACUCUGCGGAGGCCCCAUGCUCUGAGAUAGGCUGAGACGAGCUGAGACCUCGUGUUAGUUUCUGCAACUGUAUACGGGGAAGAAAACCUCUCGUCAUUAGAGAUUUGAUGCUCUCACAAGCAUUCCUGCAUUCCUUAUCGAUUACUGUCACUCUAUGUUGCCAAUGUUUUAUCAUGUUUUUUUUGUUUUGUUUGUUUUUCAAUAAAAAAAACUGUCCUCUCUGUA